CCCAUUCGAAACCACUACUUCUGUCUAAUGCAAUGCCAUCGAAUCCGAGAGGCGAGGUAUGGUUGGAGAGAUAUUUCGCAUGAAAAUAUAUGUAUUGCUACUUUGGUUCCCCAUUGUAUAAUUGCUCGAUCUGCGAUACAUGUAGGAUUGUAUCAAUAUGUCGUCUCAACAAACGGUCUACUCAGGUGACUCUUCCUGCGAGGUAUGGAUAUCGACUAUAGAUCGAUCCAUAGGUGGAAUUCGGACAAGAGUCCGCCUGGGUUGCUGCGUUGGGGACCCGUAGCGACUAGGGAAGAUGUAGCGAGCAUAUUGCGAUCGAUGCAGAAAGUACGUGUUGGUCCCCAAAGCUUCUGUAGCAGAAAAAAAGAGGAAAUGUAAACUCACGUGACUUCUAGACCAUCCCGGCCUCAACUCGACCAUGUGGGCAUUGCAAAGAGAUUUCUUGGCCGUUGCUUCUAGGCAUCGACAACGAUGCAGGAUUUGUUCAAGUAUUUCUAUCCAAAGACGGGACGGAACACGACUCUCGGCAUCGUAACUAACACAAUCGCAUUAUUCCUUCGAAACUAUGGGCGAAGGGUAGUCCUUACACUGAGGGCGAUGGGCAGGCAUCCGAAGUCGGGAGGUCCAGCCAUCAAUCAAUUCGAUCAUCAUGGGGCUGCUCGUCUCCUAGCAUCAGUCUUACGACCAUUCUUCAUUAUUUGUUAUCUGCAUUUUGUCGAGAUGCCAUCCCGGUGGCGUGUCGCAGAAGAGGUUGGCGGUGGUUGACGCAGAGCUGGGAGGCGUGGCAGUGAAGCUUCGCUUCGAGGGUCAUCCUGGCGCGGAGCCCCUUUAUGAGUUGUUCUAUACAUCCAGAAACCACACCUCCCCAGCUGCGUUUCACCAUCUCACUCGCAUGCACUCUUGUAUGGAUGCCCGAUCUGAACUUUGAGUUGACGUCAGUCACGUCACGCUUCCUUGACUUCUGAUGACUUUCCGCCCGAAAUACGUCUGUGCCAUUUCUUGUGUUGAUCUGCCGCUCUCUGGCGAGACCACAACCAAGCACCGUCCCCCCGGGUCCACGUUGGCUUGCAUUGAUCUUCGCGGGGGAUUUCCUUGAACUCCUGUCUAGAGUUCCAGUCCCUAGCCAUUCGGACUCAUGUACUGAAAAUUUGACUUCUACAUUCUGUAAUGCAUUCUAUAUUACAUGCUUGUAAUGCAGGCAUACAAGGCAUGUCGAACCUCGAGGCUGUGAAAUGGCGGUGGCUCGCAGUACGUCGGUGGCGGGUGUGAAGGUUUUUGGAAGCAGGGAAAAUGCGAAAGCUCAUCUGGCAGGUAUCAUCUCAGAUGCUGGCGGCUGGAUGAGUGGGUAAGUGAGCAAAUGGGUGAGCAGGAUUCGGCAGCAUGAAACGUCUAUAUUACUUUGACAGGUCCCAUUUCCUGCAGUUGAAAAAAUCUCAUUAAACCUAUCUCCUAUUCUUGAGAGCAACUUUAUAGAUAUAAGUCCUCGGUCACAUUUCAGUCAAAAUUGAGCAGGCACUUAGACGAAGACCAUCCAAGACUUGGAUACCAGCUCCUAUCCUCCUCCCCGCCUUCGUUGUCAACAUGCCAGGCGACGGCUCAAGCGAGCUUCCCGUUCACUAUGGCGGGAAGACAACGGAUGGAGAACUCAUCAAGCGUCCCACAUCACCAGCGCUUCCUCCAGUUUCGCCCAUGCGAGCAUAUCAUCAACCACGAAUCGGCUACUCUCCCGAGAGGACACCCAUCGAUCAGCCUUUCUCGUCCGAAGAUCCUAGAGGUGGUCUCAGACGCAGACCCAGCAAUCAAGCACCACUUAGAAGACACUCGGGUGGUGAAUACGACCGUGAACGACCUUCAUUUUCCCAAGACGGGGGAUCACGAAGACCUUUGAGAUCCAGGGAUGACGGCUAUUAUCGUGACGAAGACCGUGGACAUUCUCGGAGAGAUGAGUACCACCCCGACUCGCUCGAGCGUUCAAGACCACCUCGCUCAUAUCGAAAUGUUGAUACUUGGGACAGAGUCCCGGGCUCGGCGUCAAAACCAUAUUUUGAGGAGACCAGAACUGAUCGAGACUUGGAAGGUGGUCAUGGAUGGCAUACUGAUAGGAAGAGAAUCAGUGAUGAAGAGAGUAUCGAUGGGUACAAUUACGAUGUUCAUAGGAAUGGUCGCCCAUCGCUCAACUUCAAGAGCCUAAGUGCUGAGGAGAAGGCAGAGGUUAUGAGGCUUCCUUGGACACAAUGGAUGAAUAGUGACGUGAAGAAUCACUUUGUGGCUACUAUUGGAGAAUUUGUGGGAACUACUAUGUUCCUCUUCUUCGCUUUUGCUGGAACGCAAGUUGCCAAUAUUCAAUCUGUUGCCUCGACGGACAGCUCCUCAACAACCAAUACUACAUCCGGUGGUGCAACUGGUUUCAACGUCUCGGUCUAUCUCUAUAUCUCAAUUAUCUUUGGCUUCUCGCUCAUGGUCAAUGUGUGGAUCUUCUUCCGUAUUUCUGGAGGGCUGUUCAACCCAGCUGUCACCCUUGGUAUGGUUAUGGUUGGAGCCGUGCCUGUCGUUCGAGCAAUCUGUCUCUUCUGUGCUCAGAUCGCGGGUGGUAUCGCCGCCUCUGGAAUGGUACUUGGUCUUUUCCCUACCAAGUUGAACGUUAGAACCACCCUAGCUGGCGGUGCGAGUAUCGUUCAAGGCGUCUUCAUCGAGGCUAUACUAACUGCCGAGCUGGUCUUCACGAUCUUCAUGUUGGCUAAGGAGAAGCACAAAGCUACUUUUAUUGCACCUGUGGGCAUCGGACUUGCUUUGUUCAUUGCGGAAAUGGUUGGUGUUUACUACACAGGCGGAUCGCUGAACCCCGCUCGCAGCUUUGGACCUUGUGUCGUCACUGGUGUAUUUGACAGGGAGCAUUGGAUCUACUGGGUUGGACCAAUGGUCGGCACAUUCAUUGCUGUCUUCUUCUACAAGUUCAUCAAAAUGCUUGAGUACGAGAUGGCUAAUCCGGGUCAAGAUGGCGAUGCCAAGAACGAUCCUACUCAGAACGAGGAGAAGAAGGCCGAGAUCAUGCAGAGAAGGGAGCAGAAGCGAUAUGCCAGAUCCCAGUGACGAAAGAAUAGAACAACAGACGCGCACACGAAUACGAUUUGAUGUCUUUCUUGUUUCAUAACACUAUGUUUUUGGCGCUUGAAGGAAUGAACUAGGAUGGGGUAAUGGGAAGACAUGACU